GAUUUUAAAUUUUUUUUAAAUAAAACUUUUAAGGGAAACUUUUAAGAAAUUAAUGGAAUUUUCUUCCUGAAGGUUUUGCAAAUUUUCAGAAAUUUGGGGAAUUUUUUUGCUGAAUUUUUGGAUUUUUUUCAGACAAGGAAACAAUAUUAUUUGGUGCCCGUAAAUGAAGAUGUUGUGGAGGGUUAAGUUGUUACAGCAGCAUGGGUAUUCAAUAAAGGGGUAAACAAUAAGACGACACAGAUUAUUAGGGUAUAAAGUGAAGUUAAAUUAAAAUAAGAUAAAAAAAAAUAUACCAAAUCUGGAAAAAAAAAAAACGAAUAUACAAGAAUGACAGUAUUUUUUUAGUGUACAGAAAUACGCAAAUGAGAAUGUGCUUGGAGAAGAUGCUUUAAAUUAACAAUAAGAAAUUUGCAAAUAUAUAAUAUAAACAUGCAUUUUUUAAAAUCAUCAUAAAAAGAAUCCUAAUUUGCAACUACUUACUUUCCAGCUCUGUUUAAACAAAUGUUUACAGUACGACAGAGUGUUAUGAAAAUAUAGUGUUUGUAGACAGAUGGGCUGCCUGUCAGUGCGCCUGCGCAGAGUAGGGGGGUGUAACGUGUAACUUGGUUAGUGUGUCAGCAGUGUGAGUGUCACAUGUCACAUAAGCAGGCGGCGGUUUGACAGCUCCGCUCCCCCCGGCAGACUCUCACUCAGACCCGGAGCUUCACCGCCUCUGGACCGGCAAUGGCGAGCGGAGACAGCCGGCCCACCUUGGAGUCUUGGCUCAGUGAGUGAACACCGAACGACCAGGCCACAGAUCCAAAUAAUCAGGAGGAUAGAUGGGACUGCAUCCAGGGCUUCUACCAGCUUGUCAAUCAAGACGCCGAUGGGCCACAGGUAGCCGUUCGUCUUCUUGCCCAUAAAAUCCAGUCGCCACAGGAGAAAGAGGCUCUGCAGGCUCUCACUGUUCUUGAGGCAUGCAUGAACAACUGUGGCAAGAGAUUCCACAGUGAAGCCGGCAAGUUUCGUUUUCUCAAUGAGCUCAUCAAAAUCUUAACACCAAAGUACUUCGGUGCCUGGACUUCACAGAAAGUUAAAGACAGAGUGACGGAGGUCCUCUAUGGCUGGACGCUUUGGCUUAAAGAUGAGCUCAAGAUUCAGGAAGCCUACAGCAUGCUCAAAAAGCAAGGUAUUGUGAAGAAAGAUCCCAAAUUGCCAGACACAGUUAUCAUGGCUCCUCCACCACAGAGAGCCACAGACUCCAUUUUUGACCAGGAUGACAAGGCAAAGCUGUUGGCCAGAUUAUUGAAAAGUGCUCGUCCCGAAGACCUGGAAACUGCCAACAGGCUCAUUAAAAGCACCAUCAAAGAGGAACAGGAGAAGGCUGAGAAAGUGUCAAAGCGAGAGUCUACUCUGAAGGAGGUGGAGAGUAGUACAAAGCAGCUUAGAGAGCUGCUGGACCAGAACACAUUAACUGGAGUUUUAUUGCAGCCCAGCAAUGAUAUAAAGGCGCUGUAUGAGCGCUGCGACCGACUGAGGCCCAGCCUGUUCCGUCUAGCCAGCGACACGAUGGAGGACGAUGCUGCUCUGGCACAGAUCCUGGCAGCAAACGAUGAGCUAACGCUUGUAGUGAAUGCUUACAAAGACCAGGUGGGGAGAGGAGAGUGCAAUGGAGAACGGACAAGGAGAAAAAAUGAAGAAAUGACAAGUAAACAUAGUGCUCCUCUAAGUCCUAGACACAUUAAGAGCUACCACCUCAUCGAUCUGUCAGCACUGGACUCUCCACAGACUCUCAGAAAAGCUGAAUCACCACCUGUAUUUGAACCCUCUUCACCUCUCUUCUCUCAUUUGGAGAGCACCUUCUGCUCAGUAGCUGACCAGGACCAAAAUGAAUUAGAGUUGGAUAAUGUAGUCCCAAAACAGACUGAAGACAAUCCAAAGUCAUAUUAUGAAGAACUAUUGCAGCUCAACGGAGACGUUCAGGUGAUGAAUGCUGAGCAGACCAGAGGGAGAGGCCCUUUGCUGAGAAGCCGUGGAUGUGGGGGCAGCAGCGUUACGACAAAUGGAACAAAUGUUUGGUCUCUCACCCAAAACCAGCCGUUCACAGGGCUGGGAUCACCUUCCAAAUCACAGAAACAACCAAAUGGAGCGUCUGGCUCUUCGGUGGAACUGGAGGAGACCUUGUGUUCCCCACAGUUACUGAAAAGCAUCUUUGUUCCGGUGGACACCAUCAAAUCCAGUCAGCUGGAGCCGAUCACGUUACACAACCGGGCUGGUAUCCACGUGUCGCUGCAUUUUGCCAAAGACUGUCCGCCCGGUCAUCCAGGUGUUGCUGUGGCUGUCUUGUCUGCAGUGAACACGUCUGCUCUCCAUGUGAAGGACUUCAUGUUUCAAGCUGCAGUUCCAAAGACCAUGUUGGUGAAACUUCAGCCUGCCUCGAGGACACAGCUACCUCCUUACAAGCCGCUGCUGCCUCCACCUGCUGUCUCACAGGUCAUCCUGCUGGCUAAUCCUCACAGGCGUAAGGUUCGUCUGCGCUACAAGCUCACACUGACACACGGAGACCAGCAGCUGAACGAGACCGGAGACGUCGACAACUUCCCUGACUGGACAUCUAUGGUUGGCUUUUAAAAACAUGAGAUACUCAGAUUCCAACUCUGUGUUGGACCUGAAACCUAAAGGAAAAACUCAACAUAAAAGGUCUGGGAGUUUUUUUUUUUACAGUGAAUGUACCUGUAGGAGAUCUUCAUGAAGUAGACACAGCAUUAAUUGGAUUCAUACAAAGAAAUGACUUGUUUUAACACAGUGCGAACUCUACUUGACACAUUGAAAACAGGCUGGAUGUUGCAUCGGCGGCUGAUAGGUUACUGCCUGUUAAGUAGGAAAAUAAAAUAGUUAUUGUUCUGGUAGAAGAUCUAACAGCAGUGCUUGUUCAGCCGUUACAUGCAGUGAUAUUUAACACUUCAGGAGACAGUAGAGUGUGUUGUCUAGUAGUUGUUGAACAAGCAGAACACACACUCACAGAGAUGUGACAUUUUAAAUGCUGUGCCUGCAGUCAGCUCACUGCUCCUCUUCUGCCACAACUACUAGAUUUUACAUUACAUAUUAAAAUAACAUUUAAUCCAAACAAGUUUAGAAUAAACAAUGUCAUUUUUAUGCUUCAGUGCUCCCACAGAAGACCCCCAAAUUCAUCCAUUGCCAUAACAAUGACAUUAACCACUGUUCAAGCAGACCAAAAGAAACCUUCCGGCCUUGUAGGUGUGAAAUUCUCUUUCUGAUUGAAGCCAAACAAACAAAAAUUGUCAUCAAAUGAACAACACAGAGCUGCGACCGCUUCUGUCAGCGAGGAUUCUGGUAGUGGAUGAAAGUCUUGUUCUGUGUCCGUGAGCAAAGAAGCAGAGCCUGGUGGAGCUAAAACCAGCUUCUCGCAACAGUUUGUGUUUUUUCUCAUAAUAACUCUACAAGCUACUGUUGCACAAAACCCAUCCACUGCAGAUAAUAGAGGGGGACGGUGUUUUAAAAGUUCACCCUGUCAUCCCCGAAGUGUGUUUCAUGAACAGAAACACCCCCGCUGCUGGUUGAUUGGAGUAGUGUUGUGCUGAUUGGUCCGAACUGCUUUGUUCCCAUCAGAAAGGUGUACAAGCAACAGAUUUCUGUUUCUGAGAACUAGAGAACAACCAGCUGGCAGGAGACGUUCACUGAAUUUAUCAAAAGUGUGUUGGAUCAAAAUGAAUGCACCUCUAAUAAAUCCAUACAGAUGUUAGCAGUUUAGGUGGGUUUGGUACAUCCACUAAUUGACUCUGAUUCAGCCGUUAAAUAAUCUGCUGUUUCUGCGAUUGCGGCCCUGUACCAUUGUUAUUCUACUGUGACAAUCCAGGAUGUUGGCUGUAGCCAGGAGUGUGCUGACAUGUUACUGGUGACAUGUCGGCACAUUAAAGCCUUUAUUUAUUUUGUGCAUUUGUGACAUCAAAACCGCCAAAGUGCCUUGAGGUGUUUUUAAUGUGUAUUUAUUUUAUGAAUAGGGUUUCCAUAAGAAGACUUUCUUGUCUUUAGGUUGUAGAAUUAUUGAAAACUGUAAAGGUUCCACUGCUCUGUUCCGGUAUUUUGAAAUCAUUCUGUUCUAAUUUAAAGAGUGCUGAUUUGUACGCUAACUAAAGGAGAUUAAACACUGCAAAUUAAAACAAACAAAUUAAGAAAGGAUGUUCUCCUUUCUGGCACAACUAAGCAUAGAAUAAAUCACAAGAAAAUCUAUCAACACGACAGAAGGGAACACAGAACAGUGUUUCCUUUAACUAUUCAUUAGUCUGGCCAUCCGUUUUUUGUUGUGGCAUGUUUCUUGUUGCAUUUGUGUUGACUGUUUUUUAGUGUUCAUGUGUUUUGUUUAUUUCCAGCUUUUUAAAAAAUGUCUUAGCUGUAGUUGCUCAUGUUUUCUUGGGGUUGCAGUGCAUCAAGCUUAUGGCCAAAUCUGAGAUUGUUUUUAACUCUUAUGUGACCACAUCAGUGUUUCCUGUCCAGCAGUCUUAUCAGUCUUCUACUGUGAAGCUUCCAGCUGCAUUCAUGAGCCCAGAAUAAGGAAUUCAUUUUCAGCUUUACCUGCUUCCUCAUCUGGAACUGUCACAUUGUACAAGUUCAAACAACUCUGCCUGAUUUUUGUCAAUAAAUCCAAUACAACGUCUGUUGUAGCACAAAAGA